AGUCUUACCGCUGCUUUGAGCUUCACCUCACGCCUGACCGGACACCACACACUUGAUUGAUACUGUCCACCGAUCUCUUUCCCGCUCACGUAGCGACCCUUCACCUUUGGCGUACAAACAUUGAGCCGACGCUACUGCGCUACAAUGCAUCGGGCUGCUCCCCUCGCCCGCCAGACAGCUUUGGCUGCCCGCCCUGUUGCCGGUACCUCCGCUGCUUCAGUUGCAACCUCGACCGCUGCUCGAGGCUUCGCUACUGUGCAGGAUGCUCCCAAACGCAGUCACGGAGGUCUCCGUGACCAGGAUCGCAUUUUCCAAAACGCCUACAUGCGCCAUGACCACACCCUCAAAGGAGCUCAGGCGAGAGGUGACUGGCACCGCACUAAGGACAUCGUCCUAAAAGGCCACGAUUGGAUCAUCUCCCAAAUGAAAGCAUCAGGCAUGCGCGGCCGUGGCGGUGCAGGCUUUCCUUCUGGACUCAAGUGGUCAUUCAUGCUCAAGCCAGGAUGGGAGAAGGAUCCUCGCCCCAGAUAUCUGGUCAUCAACGCUGAUGAGGGGGAGCCGGGUACUUGCAAGGAUCGCGAGAUCAUGCGCGGAGAUCCGCAUAAGCUCAUCGAGGGCUGCCUCGUUGCUGGAAGAGCAAUGGGUGCUAAUGCUGCCUACAUCUACAUUCGUGGUGAAUUCUACCUCGAAGCGGCGCAUGUUCAGCAGGCGGUUAACGAAGCAUACAAGGCUGGAUUGAUCGGCAAGAACGCGUGCGGCAGUGGAUAUGACUUUGACGUCUACGUUCACAAAGGUGCUGGAGCAUACAUCUGCGGCGAGGAGACGGCCCUCAUCGAGUCCCUGGAAGGCAAGCAAGGCAAGCCCAGAUUGAAGCCUCCUUUCCCUGCCGAUGUCGGUGUGUUCGGCUGCCCUACCACAGUGGCCAACGUCGAGACUGUUGCCGCUGCACCAACGAUCAUCCGACGCGGUCCGGAGUGGUUCGCCGGCUUUGGCCGUGACAAGAACCAAGGCACCAAGCUGUUCGCAAUUAGCGGGCACGUCAACACGCCUUGCGUUGUAGAGGAAGAGAUGGGCAUUCCCCUCAAGGAACUCAUCGAGCGCCACUGUGGCGGAGUUCGAGGUGGCUGGGACAACCUCCUAGGCAUUGUGCCUGGCGGAUCAUCAGUCCCCAUUUUGCCAAAGAACAAGUGCGACGACGCCCUUAUGGACUUCGACGGCUUGAAGGAUGCAGGUAGCUCCCUCGGUACAGGUGCCGUCAUUGUCAUGGACAAGUCGACCGAUGUUAUCAAGGCAAUCUCUAGGUUCGCGAAGUUCUACAAGCACGAGUCUUGCGGUCAGUGCACACCUUGCCGCGAGGGCACCACGUGGAUUGCGAACAUGAUGGAGAGGAUGGAAUCCGGCCGAGGUGACAUGCGCGAGAUCGACCAAAUCUGGGAACUUACGCGCGCAAUGGAAGGCCAUACGAUCUGUGCUUUGGCAGAUGCAGCUGCUUGGCCUGUCCAAGGGCUGUUGCGCCACUUCCGCCCCGAGGUCGAGGCGCGCAUUGCUGCCUACCAGGCUGAACACGGCAAAGUUCUCUACGGUGGAAGGCUCGCCAGCGAGUACCCUUCAGACCUUGCCAUGCCCGAGAUUGGCUCCCCACAGGCAUCCCGAUCGCUCCCAAACCCCCUGGCUUCUUAGAUACAUCAGUAACACGAGACGCGGCUUUCGUAAGACUCAAUGUGCAUGUUUUGGUCGUAUGUACUGUGAAAGCCUGCUUGCCCUGCUCGCUCAAUGCCUUCGACGCCAUCACACCAUGAUUCGCACCUCGCGCUGCUCUGGUGAUCGCCUACUACGCCUCAUCAUGUGCUCCCACUCUUGCAAGAAGACCGGUCGCCUGGUUGGCUUGGCUUGUCGCUGGUGAAGGUGGCCUCCUAGUGUCCACCAACGCUACUUAUGUUUUCAUUCGUGGAAUUUGC